AUGAAGGAAAAACUUGCAUUAGUGUCGAGUCAUGACCAAUUGAAACAGGAGCUUGAGGAGUUGAAAAAGAAGUAUAAUCAAGAGCGCAAAGCUACCGAAUCGUCAAUUAAAGGGGUUGAGGACAUUAAGCUCAAGGAGCAGUAUGAAAAUGAGAAAAGAGAACUUUUGGUGAAUCAGGAUGCAAUAAAGGAAGAGCUAGAGACUUUGAAGACGAAGCUUCAGGAAGUAGAUGCAGCAGCUGAAGCGUCUUUGAAGGAAAGAGAAAAGAUCAUCCAAGAGCUCCAGCAGUCAAUUUCAAUUAACGAGCAGCAACUCAAUGCUCUCAAAGAAGAUCUGCAGAAGACAGUCAACGAGCGUAACCACUUUCAGUCUCAGCACAGGGCUCUUUUAGAUCGUGUUUCUAACAUGAAAUCAACUCUCGGAACGAAGUUGCAGGCUGAUAUGGAGAAUAUCAAUACGUUACGACAGCAAAUCGAGCAGCUUACCGCCCAGAAUAAUAGCUACAUCCAAACCAUUAAGCAACUUGAAGAGGAGCUUAUGGCAUCUCAUGAGCAUUAUGAAAAGACAUCACGGGAGCUUGAGCAUCUUCGGCGACACAUGGUUGACAUCAAAGAAGAUGCAUUUGCUGAAGUAGUCGAGAAAGAAAACUUGAUCCAAGAACUUCAAUCUCGGCUGCAGCGUGAAGAGCGCGAGCGUGAGGACUGGGAGACAAUGGCUUCGGAGCAGAGAGCAAGCAAAGACCAGGCUAUCAUGGCCAUGAGAGCAAUGGAACGCGAACGUGAUGCUGCCCGUACAGAAAGUGAGGCGAUUCGCCAGGAACUUGAUCGUCAGCUCAGAAGUAUCGACAAUCUGCAGAUGGCGAUGGAGGAGCUGCAGGCUUCUAAGGAAUCAGAAAUCCAGUUUGCGCUUGAGCGGCUGCAAGUGCAACUAAAUUCAUCAAACAGAACAUUAGAUGAGUAUAAGGGCCGUGCUCAGGCCGCAGAGGAGCAAUUACAGCAUAUGAGUCUUGAUGUUGAAAGAGUGAGACAACUGGAGCGGGAAGUCAAGGAGAAAAAUCUGACGAUAGGAAAGCUUCGCCACGAUGCCGUGAUCCAACAAGAACAUUUAACCGAGGCUAUGCGCCGACUGAGGGAAGAGAGCAACCAAAAUACGGUCGACAUCCCGCUCAUUUCGAAUCUGUUUAUCAGCUUCUUGAACAUACCCCGGGGGGACCAGAAGCGGUUUGAGAUCCUACAACUAAUCUCAGGUGUUCUCAAAUUCACAGACGAGCAGCGCGAGCAAGCAGGUCUGAUCAGGAAGGCUGGCAGCAGCUUGGGUGCCAUGACACCAACUACAUCUGGGUCUCGCUCGCCCUCAAUGGAGCAGAUGAGGCAACAUCAAGAGCCUAAAGAGAGCUUCUUUGAUAUGUGGGCAUCAUUUUUAAUUCGAGAGAGCAAUUCAAAUGCAGCGAGUAAUAACAGCAGUGGCGCCAAUGCUAAUGCUCGCAGUCCAUGA